CAUUACUAGUCUCACUGCCCUGGUCUUGAUUCUGUUUUCGGAUGCCUUUUUCUUUAGUUGAUGUGAACUCUAUUUAUUAGGGGAAAAUAUUAAUUUUUGUGGUUCUAUUUGAUGUAGUUUUUUUUUCCCCAAUCAAAAUCUCAGCUGACCAAGCUCAUGUCUUAGCAUAGGAUGCUUGGCCUGCUAAAUGAACAGAGAUUAUCUUCUCAGUGAUAUUGAGCACUUCCAAAGAUUCCUACCUUUGUAAUUUAAUAGCCACACGUUGCACUUAAGUAUUAUAAUCUACUCCUAGCAGUGCUACUCCGAAAACAUCAGCUAGUUGGUGUAUGAUCCGGUUAUUUUGGCUAGUUAGUCGUAUUUGGUUGGUUACUCCAUUUGCAAUCAUCGUUUUCGGAUUUUGUUAAUUGUAUAUAUUUUACCUUAAAGCACGGAUAUUGGAGGAUGCACGCACCAUUGUUUUUUUCGUGCAUGGUUAAUAGUUAUACAUGUAAGUAGUGAUGACUUUCCUGCUUCAAUCCAUUAUAAUCUUUGGACUCAAUGUCAAAGAAAAUUUCACUAUAUCUUGACACUUCAGUUGCCUGCAUCAUGCUGUUUAGUCCAUGGGGAGAUGAUACUUCUAAAUAGAAGAAGAAAUGCCGUGCUUAUAACAUUUUGUUUCUAUAAGCUUUUUAAUGUUUAUUAAGUUAUUAACCUUGUUUCAAAUGGUUUAGGAUACUUUUCCAAGCUGUUAAGGUUCUCGGAGGUACCGUUUUUUAGAUUAUUGCCAGGGAUUUCAACUGCAUUGACUUUUUUUCUGUUAUUCUUCGCUCUUCUGGAGUGUUUUGUGCCUACAAAUAGUACAGGAUAAAUAAAUAUGAAAGAGAGAUCUCUGUUAGGGUUUGUGUAAUUAAACUAUUCUUCGUGCUGCAAAACUAUUAUUUAUAUUUGCUAGUGACUAUAUUUUCCAUUUGAAAUGUUUGCCAAUCUUAUAGUACAUUAGCAAAUUAUUGAUCUGGCUAUUGAAGACGUUGGCAGACAAUAGUUUUGCAUUUGAGUCGAAUAACAAUCACGUUCUGCUUACAAUUUCAUGAUAUUGAUCUCCAUGGCUUUAGUUUAAUAACUUGGACAACGUCGGACAGCUUUUAACUUUGUGCACCCAAUUUGGAUUAUAUUAAUAAUUAUUUUGUUGGUCUUACGAGCAUGGGAAGGAGAUGGAAGCAAAUUAUGAUCUUAUGAUCUAACAAUCAUUGAUAAUAGUAUUCAGGAAGACAUUCUCUUAGUAGAAUUUGCAGGAUGUCCUGAGUUUCCCUCAAAAGGGCCCACAUACGCAGGCGUUGGUUCUUUUUGGUUUUCCUUGGUUUAAUUGGACUUACAGUCUCUUUUUUGAUAAACAUGGAGCUUACAAAGAUUAGUCUUUAGCAACGCCAGAGGUAAUCAUGCACUUGUUUGGAACUACUGUGGAAUUAGUGGUCAAAACAGGACUUCAUAUCAGUAGAUUCAGUACUGCUUGCCGCUUGGUAAUUGCUCAUACUUAUUUUCUGAUUCCUGAUAAUUCUUCUAUCAGGAGAAGAAGUCCUUCCAUUUCACCAAGAUGGCGUAAAAGCCGUUCUCCAACUCCUAGGAGGCGGAAAAGUCGCUCACCAUCCCCAAGACAGUACAAAAGACAGAGGAGUAGGAGCACUACAAAAUCACCUAUAUGCAAGUCUCGUAGCCCUAGUCAUGGAUCAAUAGAACGUAGGAAUGGUGCUGGGAAAUUAUGGAAGGAAGAAGAAGAAAAGAAAAGGCGUCAAAAAGAAGCAGAGUUGAAACUGUUAGAAGAGGAAACAGCUAGAAGAGUUGAAGAAGCAAUCAGGAAAAGGGUGGAGGAGAGUUUGAACUCUGACGAGGUCAAGCUAGAAAUACAACGUCGGAUAGAAGAGGGUAGAAAGAAGUUGUUCGAUGAGGUUGCAGUUCAACUUGGGAAGGAAAAGGAAGCAGCUCUUGCUGAAGCAAGGCAGAAAGCGGAACAAGAAAGAAGAGAAAGAGAGCAAUUAGAUAAGAUGCUGGAGGAGAACCGAAGGAAAGUAGAGGAGGCUCAGAAAAGAGAAGCUCUCGAACAACAACAGAAAGAAUUGGAGCGAUAUCAGGAAUUAGAAAGAAUCCAGCGACAGAAAGAAGAAGCCAUGCGAAGAAAAAAGAUGGAGGAAGAAGAAGAAAGAGCAAAUCAGAUGAAGCUACUUGGUAAGAACAAAUCUCGUCCCAAAUUGUCAUUCGCUAUCGGAUCAAGGUGAUAAGGUUGUGCAAGUCCUGUGAUUCGUAGUAGUGAAAGUCCUCAAUUUGUUAUGCCCUUAGAAUUAGCUAUACAGAGGGCAUAUAUUCUGUGGAAAGACUUGCAUCUUUAUCCUCAAAAGCUUGUUCGUUCAUUUUCGGUUUCCUAUACUUUAUCUUCUUUGCUGAGAUUGUGGAUGUGUGACAUUUUUUCUUUCUCGUGUAAAUGACCUGCUGAUAUAGUAAUAAACUUUUUUUUAAGUUGAUAUGAA